CAUUUCAGAAUCAGAAUCAAAAUCAAAGUCACUUUUCUGAUAUUGAAAUCAAAUUUCAAUUCAUUUUCAUCCAUCACACAAUUAUUAAUAUAUCAGAAAACAUUAUGUUUGUAAGGCACGGGCAUAUCUGGUUUUUGAAGAAAGACGAUAAGAAUUCGUGGAAGUUGUUGUUUUUGUUUUACAUAUACGUUAACCUUCUGCGCUCCGGUUCCUGAGUUUUUCUUUCUCGAAUUUUUAGCCGAAUUUCCUCCCUUUUUAUUUGUCCUGCUUUUGCCGUUGUUUUUAGUUCGUUGUACUAUUUGUUAAUCGAAGAAGAUGGAUAAUCAUAUCGGUACCAUGUUUGAAUCUAACUUAGACAACGAUUUUGAUGGUGGCUGGAUAGAGAGUCCUAAUAUUUCUUCUUCAACUCUUUUAGAUUUUUCAUCUUUUUCUUACCUUGAUUCUGCAAACAUACACACGACAUGUUUUGAUUCAAACAUGUCUUCAGACGAAACAGAUAUGAAACCUCUUGAUGAUCUUGAUACUGAAACCUUUGAUGAUCGAUUGAUCCGUGCAAUUGAUCAUCUGAAUGAAAGAUGCAUAUUUGAGGCAGACCUUCUUGUUCAAUUAUGGCUGCCUGUGAUUAGAAAUGGGAAACGAAUCUUAACCACUGAGAAUCUACCAUUCAUUGUUAGCUCGGAUAGUACCACUGACCUCUCAAACUAUAGAGAGGUUUCGAAAAGCUAUCACUUUGCUGCUGACUUUGACUGUAAUGAAAUGAUCGGUUUACCUGGCCGUGUUUUCUUGAAGAAGUUUCCCACCUGUACUCCAGAUCUCCAAUUCGUUGCAGAAGAGAAUGAUCCGCGUGUAACUUAUGCUCAAAAGUUCAAUCUUAAUGGGUGCAUCAACCUCCCCGUGUUUGAACUAGAUGGUGAAACCUGCCUGGGUGUCUUGGAGGUCGUGACAACUUCCGGUAGAGUUGACUUCCAUGAUGAACUGGAAAACAUCUUUAAAGCUCUUGAGGUUGUUGAUCUAAGGAGCUCGGAUUUCUUGUUUCAUCCAAAGCUAAAGGAUUCCAAUAAUCCAUAUGAAGUGGUGCUUGCAGAGAUUCGAGAUGUUUUGAGAUCCAUAUGUGACGCACUUAAGUUACCAUUGGCUCAAACAUGGAGUCUAUCUAAAGGCGGACCUGAACGUUCCAUAUUCAUUGUUGAAUCUGCUUCUUAUGUGUUCGAUCCUCAGAUUUUGGGCUUUUUUGAGGCGUGCUGUGUGCAACAGCUCGUUCAAGGAGAAGGUAUUGCUGGUAAAGCGUUGGUUUCAAACCAACCUUGCUUUACUGACAUUGAUGCUUUUUGUAGGGCUGAUUAUCCUCUAGCUCAUGAAGCUAGGAUGUUUGGACUCAAUGGUGCUGUAGCAAUACGCGUUCAUAGCACCUACACAGGACCGUUGGAUUUCAUCUUGGAAUUCUUUUUACCUCAAGAUUGCAAAGUCCAUGAAGAACAAAACCAGAGGUGGCACUCAAUAGCUUCCAUGAUGAAAAGUCUAUCUCGGAGUUUGCACUUGAUAAACGACGAUAAUCUUGUAGAAUCCAACUCAUUUCCAGUCAUAGACACUAAUACCCGAGAUGAGUCUUGGAUAUCCCAUAUGCUAGAAGCUCAGCAAAGGGGCGAAAAUGUCGUAUUGUCCAUGGGGUGUCACAAGGAAGAACCAGAAGAAGACUUUCAAUUAAUUAACCAAUUCUACAACGGAGUCCUAUUUUCCGAACCUGAAAAUCAAACUUAUCUGGGAUGGGGACCGAAUUCGAAGAAUCAACCACCAGGCACCAAAAAGUCAACCGCAAAGAGUCGGUCAAAGACAGAGAGGAACGUCAGUCUGCAAGUUCUCCAACAAUACUUCCCUGGGAGUCUUAAGGACGCUGCCAAGAGCAUCGGGGUGUGCCCCACGACGUUGAAAAGAAUAUGCAGGCAGCAUGGAAUCAUGAGAUGGCCUUCUCGGAAAAUAAAGAAAGUAAGCCAUUCUUUGAAGAAACUUCAACUUGUCAUUGAUUCAGUCCAAGGUGCUGAGGGGAUGAUUAAACUAGGGUCAUUCUAUACAAACUUCCCAGAACUAGGCUCCCCAGUUCCACCUAGUCCCAAACCAAAGGCCAACAGUCCUCUCAACCUCGUAAAAACUCAAGAAACGCCAUCCAAUUCUUCAUCUUCUGGCAGCCACGGUUCUAGUGUUUCAACACAAAACGCCAAGGAAAUAUCAUGUAACAAAUUACAUGAUACUAAGUUGCUGGUAAGAUUGGAAGACGAUAAACUUCAUAAUUAUAGUUCUCCUGAGGUUAUAGCACCUGCACCAAAGAACAGCAGUCCUAUAUCAGGAAAUGAAGUUGUUUUCAGAGUAAAAGCUACUUAUGGGGAUGAGAAAAUUCGAUUCAAGAUGUCAAAACAUUGGAGUUUUGCCGAUCUACAACAAGAAAUAACUAAGCGUUUUACCAUCUAUAGUAUGUGUAACAUCACAAUCGAGUACAUGGACGAUGAGUCUGAAUGGGUAUUGUUGGCAUGUGAUGCCGAUCUUGAAGAAUGUAUGGAUCUACAUACAUCAACCAAGAAUCAAACCAUUAAACUCUUCCUUCAUCAGUCUACCCAACCCUCCUCAUACAUGCCUGUGGUCUAUCCAAAUGAUAACAUCCACAUGUGGUAGAUUUUUGUAACUAGAAGAUUCUUGUACCGUGAGCAUCCCACAAGGGCGUUAUUAGGUUCCGUUUUGGGUUUUUAUUAUGAUGAUGUAAUAUGUAUCAAGGAUUCGAGAUAUAGCAUCAAGUGUAAAAAUAAUAUAUCAUACUCGAACGCAAAGAGAAAAUCGGGAGUGAAAUGUAACCAUCGAGUUCAACAAGUCUUGGGAGUUGAUUGAUUUCCUCCUGUUGAAGAA